AUGGAUACAUACAAUGAGUUAUCCUAUGAUGAGGAAUGCUAUUCUGGCAUAACCUACGAUGAUUUUAUUGCCAAUUUUCCCAUAUCUUGCCAUAAUAGUUCACGUUCCAGUUCUGAGCAGCUGGAUUUAUUUGGAGCUACUCAACGGGAUGAUCUUUCUAUCUCAAAUCCACUUUCUGCUAACAUACACAAUAUUGCACGUAAGAUAGUUUCAUUAAAGGGAUUUUUAAAGAAUAAUAGAAGGAUAUUUUGGGGAUAUUUUCUUGGAGCGUAUAAUGAAGAUACUUUGCAGAAGUUGACCACCUUUAUACUUGAUUCCAGGAAGAAGUACUGGAAUUUGGUCGAUCAUUACAAGAAGAAUAACAGUAUAAUGGCGAUACAGACACUAGAUCCACAAAUAUUCCACCCGUUGGCACCAAUUGAAACAAAUCCAUGGGCAAAAAGUCAGCUUUCAAAGGAGCUAAUGGAAGAGAUAUGGCAAGACAUAGAAAGAACAUAUCAAGAGCGCACAUUGUUCCAGAUGGAAAGCGUUAGAAAAUCACUACAACGCAUAUUAUACGUAUGGAGUAUGGAGCAUAGUUAUAUAUCCUACAAGCAGGGCAUGAAUGAGUUAUUGGCUAUUAUAUAUAUAGUUUGUUAUAGGGACCAGAUAAAAUAUCCGCUAGAUCAUAGUUCGGAUUGUACUAUAGAUAACUUUGAAAUACUUUAUUCUUCUUCACAAAAUGACAUUGAAGCUGAUGCAUUCACUAUAUUUAGUUCAUUAAUGACAAUGGAUUUGCAGCUCAUGUAUGAUAUUUCUGCUAUAAAACUGUUAAAGAGUGCUGAUAUUCAGACACAAAAUCGGUUCAACACGUUGUUACAAUCAAAUAUGCAUAGUUCUGAGCCUAAAAAUCCACUUAUCGCACGUUGUAACUAUAUUUAUAAUCACUUGUUGAAGGACAAUGAUCUAACUUUAUAUGCACACUUGAAAGAUAUAGAUCUAGAACCUCACCUAUUUUUGAUACGUUGGGUACGACUGAUAUUUAGUCGUGAAUUUAAUGUUAAUGAGACUCUGAAUCUUUGGGAUGCAAUUCUUGCAGAUCACUAUUUAGAUGUUAUGAAUAAGAACACCCCCAAAACUUCACACUUUCAACUUCAUUUGAUAGAUUAUUUUUCUGUGGCAAUGCUCAUAUUCGUCAGGGAAAAUUUAAUGGAAAAUGAUAUAAGCUAUUGUUUGCAAAGGCUGUUUAAAUACCCUCCAGUCGAGGAUAUUUCACACCUUGCAUUAAAAGCAUUUGACAUAAAAAGAAGAUACGAAAUACAUUCUGUUCAAGAAACGAAUGAUAUAAAGCCACCUGAGGUAGAUGACAUUCAAAAUGACCACAAAGGAGAUACACAUGAUAUUUGCAACACCAGUGAAGAUGGAACACCAAAAUCUGUAAUAAUAAAAAUUCUUGACGAUUCCACCGUUGUGGAUAGUAUGGAUAAUGAGUCCGACAAUGAAGACUACAACCUAGGUAAAAAUCUAAAGGUUAAUUUGAAGGAAGAAUUGAUAAAUGUUGCAUCAAAGGUUCAUGAUAUAUACGAGGUUGUCCUAGGGUCGAACUGGUAA